GUUGGGAUUUAAUAAUCGGGGCCGGUAAAGAUGGCGUUGUACACGAAAGCAACGCCAUGUCACGUGGCAGCAGGGUGCUCUUUUCUUCAAUGCCCUUGCAUAUGCCAAGUGGAGUGGAGAGCAAUCAAGGACAGCCUACGCAGAACCCUCACCAAGGCAUCGGGAAUUGGCGCUUGGCCUCCGAAGAUCCACUUUAUUGACAUAAUCAGGUACGGCAUCGCGUAAUCAUUGCCGCCGUCGUUCCCAAAAAGGAAUUCAUGCAUCAAUCUAAUCCUGAUGCCUUUCAUUGGAUGAUGACUUUAACGGAUGGAUCUCGGAUUGGCCUCUCAGGUGGCCCGUGCCGAUUUACGAACCUCGUGCGGUCGGGGGUCACCUCCAACGUCAAGCUUCCAACACUUAUUAAUUACAUGUACCUCAUAGGGUAGGUACCAAUGUAACGAGCUGGCAGGCUGGUAGGGUAAGGUAGCCUAUGUACAUAGGACUUGUUUUUCUGCACAUGGAAAGGCUGGUUCACCCGACAUCUCGGCAUCGCAGGUCAGACUGCUCAGCUAACUGCCUAACUGGAUGACCACCUAUGCAAUGGAUGGGGGAUGGGGGAUUGGUAAUUUUGCUUAUAUACUACCUACGGUCCUACUAUGUAGUAGGAUUGUAUUUGUCAUUUUACCUUCAGACCGUUUCCUAUUCAGCUUUCGAUUGCGACAAUGUUCCCAUUCGAACAUUCAACAGAUUACUCUCCGAUACAUGGCUGUCGUUACGUUGGUCUCAAGUGGGUUCACUUCCGGUUUUAUCUGCGUAGGUGGCAAAAAGCAGUGUUCCACAUACGUGACAUAUUUGGGCUAAUAUCCUAUUGUCUUUUUACUCCCCUUUAAUCGCUUUUGCCCGUUAAGUUCCAACUCUCCCUACGUAGUCCUUAGUUCACGAGUAUCGAAUGAGCAUGUAUAACAAAUAACGGUAUAGAUUGCGAAGUAAUGAUGCUGCGAUGAGAGAAACUAUAUUUAUCAAAAACUAAUCAAGUAUUAUUAGGUAUUUAUGUAUUUGUUACCAUUGCAGGCUACGGAUUAAUAUCGAUGAGACCAUAGGCACAUACUGUCUUUUGGAUUAGUAGAUAGUCAGUUAGCAGGCUCUACAUAUGUCCAAACCUUAGGGAGCGCCCAUUUCCAUGGUUCAAGCCAAG